AUGGCGCAGCCCAUUGUUCAGUAUUUGGUGAAAGAUUCCAUUGUGGAGCUGUUGGUGGUGUUCCCCAUUGUUGGGAAGUUGGUUGUGUGCCCCAUUGGAAAGCAGGUGGUUGUGUUCCCCAUUGUUGUACAGAAGGUGGUGUACCCCAUUGUUGACCAAUUGGUGGUGAGCCCCAUUGUUGAGCAGAAGGUGGUGUACCCCAUUGUUGAGCAGAAGGUGGUGUGCCCCACUAUUGACCAGAUGGUGGUGUGCCCCAUUGUUGAAAACCUGAACCCCAUAAACCUCGACCUCCGGAGUUGUUACCUACAGAAGAUGAACUGCUUGAUUGUGGACUCCCAGAUGAUUGAAUCGGGCCCAGGUGUUUUGGCACAUCGUGGUUAUUAA